UCGAGAUAGAUGCCUUUAAAAGUCUGUUUUUAAAGAACCUAACGUAGCAAAAUUCAAAUGGUUGAUCACAGUUUAAAAAUUUAUUAAUAUUUUGAGUGUUAAUGUCCAGCGAUUUUAGAAAAAUGGCUCUAAAUUUUAUUGCAAAGGCUCCCGUGUCAUUUCUGCGAUUCACUCAACCCAGACUUGCAACUUUUGGUCGCUAUGCUAAGGUUGAACUGACUCCCCCCUCCCCUGGAGAACUUGGUCAGGUUGUUAAGAGCUCUGCAAAACUAGUUCAGAGUGCUCUGACUUUUAAAUGGGCUUCUGUAACAGUUGGUGAAGCUGCUGUUAACGCUAUCAUUGUCGCUGAGGUUGCUUGCUGGUUCUUUAUCGGGGAAUGUAUCGGGAAAGGAAGUCUUGUUGGCUACCAAGUUUAAACUAUUGUUCAGUUUAGUCGUGUAGAUUUAUCGUUAAACAUUUAAGCUUCAGCUUAUAUAUUUAUAAAUUCAUGCAGUCAUUUAAUUUACUGGUUUCAGAUUGCUAAAUAAUGUGGAGAUAGUCAAUACAGAAUAUUCUAGAGAAUUGUUGAGUCUCGUAGCAAAUUAAAGUGAUAAUAUUGUCUAAACCCCUGCCUAUAUUAACCUUCACAAAAUGGCGUCAGCCCGUCCUCAAACCUCAGCUGCGUCCUCUAAACCUUCCUGUGACCUCGACCAGAUCUGGGGCGGUCUCAAGGAGGGUAUAGAGGAGGUGUUCCAGCGCCGAGCUAUGACUAAACAACGGUACAUGGAGUUGUACACACUGGUGUACAACUACUGUACAAGUGUAAGCCAGAACAGUGGAAACCAGAGGUCUGGAAGUGGAAAGAAUAAGAAGAAUACUCAGUCAUCUGGUGCACAGUUUGUAGGUCUAGAGCUGUAUAAGAAGCUCAAAGAAUUCCUCAAGGUUUACCAAGUUGGACUCCUUCAGAAAGGAUCAUACUUAAUGGAUGAGCCCGUGUUGAAGUUCUAUACAAGAGAAUGGGAAGAAUAUCAGUUUAGUGCAAAGGUUCUCAAUGGAAUCUGUUCCUAUCUUAACAGACAUUGGGUGAAGAGAGAAUGUGAGGAAGGAACGAAGGGAAUCUAUGAAAUCUAUCAGCUGGCCCUAGUUACCUGGAGGGAUAACCUUUUCAAGAACCUUAACAAACAGGUGACCAGUGCAGUUCUCAAGUUCAUAGAGAAGGAGAGGGGAGGAGAGAGUAUCAACACUAGACUGGUAAGCAGUGUGAAGAGCUGUUAUGUAGAACUAGGACUGAAUGAAGAGGAUCCAACAGCUAAAGGGCAGAAUCUGUCCGUUUACAAGGAGUCUUUCGAAAACCAGUUUCUCAAGGACACUGAGAGUUUCUAUAGUCGGGAGAGCGCCAAGUUUCUUCAUGAUAAUCCUGUUACAGAAUACAUGAAGAAGGCCGAAACCAGAUUAAAGGAAGAGGAGAGGAAAGUGCUUGAAUACCUUCAUGAAACUACGCUACCCAGUCUACUCAAAACUUGUGAAAAGGUUUUGAUUGAGAAGCAUCUUGAGACCUUCAACCUGGAGUUCAAGACGAUGCUGGUGGCGGAUAAGGACGAGGAUCUGGGCAGGAUGUUUCAACUUGUUUCAAGGAUUCCCGAUGGUUUAACCGAACUGAAAACCCUGCUAGAAGUUCAUAUAUCAGAAGUUGGACUAUCUGCAAUAGAGAAAUUAGGACAGGAGGCUCAGAAUGAUCCUAAAAUUUAUAUACAGACUAUACUCGAAGUGCAUAGAAAAUUCGAUUCUCUUGUGAUGCGAUCCUUCAACAGAGAUGGAGGUUUCGUGGCUAGUUUAGACAAAGCUUGUGGAAAAUUUAUCAACAAUAACAAUGUGACCAAGGUAGCAGAUUCUUCUAGUAAGAGCCCGGAACUACUGGCGAAAUACUGUGAUGCCCUGCUGAAGAAGUCCAGCAAGAACCCUGAGGAUGCAGAGUUAGAGGAAACUCUAAACCAGGUGAUGACGGUGUUCAAGUAUAUCGAGGAUAAGGACGUGUUCCAGAAGUUCUACAGCAAGAUGCUGGCUAAACGUCUAGUUCAGGGUAUGUCUGCAAGUGACGAUGCUGAAGCAUCCAUGAUCACGAAGCUGAAGCAAGCUUGUGGAUUCGAAUACACCAGCAAACUACAGAGGAUGUUCCAGGAUAUCGGAUUGUCCAAGGACCUGAUUGAAUCGUUCCGUCGGCAUCUGGAGAACUCAGAAAUGCUCAAUGUUGAUUUUUCUAUCCAGGUUCUAUCAAGCGGUUCUUGGCCAUUCCAGCAGGGUUGUACUUUCAGCCUUCCUUCUGUUUUAGAGAGAUGUGUAGGAAGGUUUACAACAUUUUACAGCAGUAUUCACUCUGGUCGUAAACUGAACUGGUUGUAUCAGAUGAGUAAAGGAGAACUUGUCACGCAUUGUUUCAAGAAUAAUUACACCAUCUCAGCUUCAACCUUCCAGAUGUCCAUCCUACUUGCCUACAAUGAGUCUGAUAGUUGGGAGGUGGGGAAGCUGGCUAAAGCUACGGAGAUCAAGGAGGAUCUUCUGGUUCAGGUUCUACAGAUACUGCUCAAGUCCAAACUGUUGACAGUGCCGGGGAAUGAGAAUAUCGAGGAGGCUGAUAUCAAGUCUGAUACUAUCAUAGCACUCUUUAAAGGAUAUAAGAACAAGAAGCUGAAGGUAAACAUCAAUAUACCGAUGAAGGGUGAGCAGAGGCAGGAGAGCCAGGAGACUCACAAGCAUAUUGAGGAGGACAGGAAGCUACUCAUUCAGGCCGCUAUAGUUCGAAAUUUCUGUAUGUUAAGACGACUAUAG